UGCUGUGUGCAAGUUGAAGUCUCAAUUUCCAUGGAAACAUUGUUGUCAGACUCCGAUAGUUACUAUGACGACCACAGAGGCAGGCAUAGGUCACAUGCAGUUAAAUACUCAAAGGUCAGAAUCUCGGACCUUGAAGAUGAAUCAGAUGAAAUUGAUGGAGACUUGGAGGUAGUGUCACUGAUACAGCGUGAAGCCGGAGAUGAGAAUGAUGAUGAAUAUUCGGGGCCAACAUUCACUGUACAGGAGGCUAUCGACUCUCUUGGCUUCGGUCUUUUUCAGCUGAAGCUCUUCAUAAUUUGUGGAUUAUUUACAGCGGCUGAUGCCAUGGAGAUGAUGUUGUUGGCAGUUUUAUCUCCUGUUCUACGUUGUGAGUGGCAGCUUGAAAAAUACCAAGUGGCCCUCAUCACCACGGUUGUCUUCGUAGGAAUGGGGAUAACUGCGCCAAUAUGGGGAGCCAUGGGAGACAAAUUUGGUCGCAGGACAACAUUGUAUAUGGUAAGCUUGUGGAUUGGGUACUUUGGACUGUUGACCACCUUCAGUCCCUCUUAUGUUUGGAUUCUGAUACUGAGGAGCUUAGUUGGAGGAGGUCUGGCAGGAUCACCACAGGCCUUUGCUAUACUGACAGAAUAUUUACCUUCAAAUCACAGAGCAAAACUGCUAAACUUAACACAGAUAAGCUGGGCAAUGGGAACAUCAUUUGAGAUUAUCACGGCUGCUAUAGUUCUCCCUACCCUUGGCUGGAGGUGGCUGUUGUUUAUCUCAUCUAUACCUAGCUUCAUUAUCUGUAUCGUCAUGAAGUUCCUCCCAGAGUCAGCCAGGUAUUUAGUGGCAGCUGGCAGGAGAGAGGAGGCCAUCAAAGUGUUAGAGAAAGCCGCCAGGACCAACAGUGCUACCAUACCAGAAGGACGUCUCAUCAGCAGUACUGUGACAGAACAAGGAAAGAUGAGAGAUCUGUUUUCCCCUCUGUACAAGAGGACGACCCUUCAGGUGUGGCUACUCUGGUUUGUCACAGCGUUUUCUUACUACGGAAUGGUCCUAGCUAGUGCUGAAAUACUCCAGGUCCACAACGUUAAAAAUGAAGGGGGAGAGAACUGUGCAUGUAACCUCCUGAAAUAUGAUGACUACAUCACGAUGAUUAUAUCAACCAUUGGAGAGUUUAUUUGUCUUCCUGUAAACAUGAUUUUGUUUGACAUCAUUGGUCGACGGAAGACCGGGGCCAUAGAUCUAGCCGGAUGUGCAACCUUCUUCAUUUUACUUCAGAUUAAUAUGCCCCAAAAUGUUCUCACUGGCAUUAUGUUGCUAGUGCGUGGGUUCUCUGCUGCAAACUUCAAUUUUGUCUACAUUUAUACUGCUGAGGUGUAUCCAACUACAAUUAGGACCCUUGGAAUUGGGACAGCCUCCGCCUGGGCCCGUGUAGGGGCAAUGUUGACACCUUUUGUAGCUCAGGUGUUACUAGACCAGUCCUUAACAGCAGCUGUUUGGGUGUAUGGAUCACUGGGGCUUGCAGCAGCUCUCUGUUCCUGCACUCUCCCCAUAGAAACAAAAUCACGUGUUCUUCCUCAAUCGGUAAAACUUGAAGAGGAGGAAGUGUCCUGA